CAAGAAGGCGGUUUCUUCCUUCCCCAAUAUAUUGUUUGACUUUGAGUAAUCAUUCUUUAUUACCACUUCGUUUGUAAUGGGAUAUUAUAAAGUAUUACUGUGAUACUUUAGUGAGUUUUUAUAGCACUCACACCUCUCGUGGAUUUUGUAAGCAUGAGGAGUUAAUUCCAAAAAUUCUUGAUCCCUCGACACGCCCCAUUGCCUCCUAUAUUAACGCAUGUGACAGGUUAUAAAGAACGCAAAUAAGUAUCUGUUCUUCCAACAAUAUCUGUUCGUUUUGGUCACGAGGAGUAAAUAAACCUGUCCUCAGGCAAGCGACACAAAUAUUUUCAGGACAGACAGCGAGUUGUUAUUCCCUCUUAUCAACACGGUGCACGAACAGUAGCACCUACGUGCAGGUGAACUGGCCAUCCUCGCAGGUGAGAGAUGUUGGUGACAUUUCAGCACUGACAGUGGGACCUGCUGCAGGUCAGAGGUCUGGACUUCGUCCUGCCAACCGUCGCAGUGGUCUUGAAAGGCGCGCACGACUCGCCUGACUGGUGUCUCCGGGAGCAACCAAGCAUAGGUCUGUGCGGCGAGGAACUCUUUUGAUACCUGCACAAACAGACAUGUCAAGACUCGUUUUGCCACUCACUUACCUGAGUUACAUGUGUUUUCUGUGACUGUGUUGCUAUCGCCGUGUAUCUGUUUAAAUGUGUCGCAGCUUCUCAGGGCUUGACUUCAUGUAAACAGGUGACUCUUGUGGUCCAAUGAAGUCUUUUUCUGAUGUAACGCACAUACAGAUUGGAUGAAAUCUCGGCUCGCCCUCACCUGAGUACCUGAUGUUUAGUAGUCUCUCUUGCUAAAGUGUGGACUAGCCAUGACCUGGAGCCUGGUGUGUGAGAUCGUCUCGCCCGUCAUCGCCAUGAUCUUCUACAUCAUCAUGUACGCCAGCAACAAGUGGGUGGUGGCGGCGGACGCACACUGGGGUCUGUGGACCUGGUGCAGCGUCUCCGUCAACGGCACAAGCAACUGCUCUACCGUCGAUUUUAACGCAUCUGAAGGGUAUUUCAAAGCAGUGCGCAUCAUUAGUAGCAUCGCACUGCUUGCAUACAUAUUCUCCGUGUACGCCGUCCUCAGCAAAGGAUGCAGAGCAGACAAUCAAAAGAGGAAGACAUUCCCCAUGCUGACACUUCGCAGCAGGUAUUUUGUCAGUGACGAUCAUCGGAAUCCUGGUAGAAAACUACAAGAACGACAAGACCUUCCGCCAGUACCCGGGUAGCGAGCUGGGGUGGUGCGUGUGGCUGCACGUGGCGGCAGCAUCUCUGACGCUCAGCGGCGCAUUUAUGCGCUUCUACAACGACAAGAAGUGGUCGGAGGAUUCACCCUCGGUUUUCCACAUCGGGCCAGCACGAACUGGCAGGGAGGUCAUACUUCGCUGGACAGUCGAACCCACCGUCUCACCGACAACUAGGGGUGGUGAGAAAAGAACCCUUUCAACAAGCAGUUUGUCGUCAUGGUCACGACGACCUGUUGUUGGUCCGUCUCUGUCUGGCCUGCCAGGUUACGACCAGACUCCGCCCAGGUAUCAGCCACCGACCUUUCCACCCCCGUCCUAUGACAUUGCAGUGGUGAGCGUUGACGUACCUCCACCAGACUACGUACAAGCAGUUAGGUCUUCCGGGUCCUCAGACAGUGUGGACGACAACUUUACUUCUCACAUUAGAAGACAUCCGGGGUGUGAGAUACCCCAUCCUCUACCGACAGGAGUGGUCAUGGGCGGGCAGCGAGGAGGCCCGACAACGUUUAAACAUGAACUGGUUCUAGUUGUAACCUCGAACUGCUCAAACCGGUUUUCAUUUCAAGCACGAACCACUUCUAAAUGAAAAUCAAUGGCAUUUUAAAAUUCGGAGAUAAACCUGGUGGUUGUGGCGUUGCCUCUCUGGAUACAAAGAAAUCUAUAGAGUUCACGGGUCUCUUCAUUUGCCGUUUGUUUCAUUGAGCAGAGCUUUGUACCGAGACAAUGAACCUUCCAGUAGGCGAUAACGAUGGACAUACUGGCAGUACGAUGAGCUUGUGUUAUCGUCUUAUUCACCUGCAAAAUUAUGAGCAUACAUGCAACGAGUAGACAAGCAAGCAGAAGGGAGGAUGCAGGCAGAUACUGAGGCAGGCAGGCAGGCAGACAGACAGACAGACAGACAGACAGGAAGGCAGGAAGGCAGGAAGGCAGGCAGGAAGGCAGGAAGACAGACAGACAGACCGGAAAAUAUCUAAGGUUGGACUUCAGUAUUCGGAUAUUAUUAUGAGCUGUUGGAAAAAGAUCUACAAAUAGUUUUCCCAAUUUUUGUUCAAAUUGUUUUAGAGGAGAAGGGGGGAAUAGAAAGGUUUUUU